AUGAAGACCUUGGCACAGAUUCCGCCAUCCCCAGCUUUGAGUAAGAAGUCUUCAUCCUUAUUUGAACACGGUCGACCAAGAUCACAAGCAGGUGGGGGAAAUUCCAGACCGGGUUCCAGCUACAACUCUGAUGGCUCUGCAGGAGCACCAUCGCGACAGGGAAGUCGACCAGGUUCCAGUGCUGGGCAGGAUGACCAUUCCGCAGCAUUCUGUGCCUCUGGCAAUCCAUUCAAACGCAGCUUAUCGACCAACAGUGGCACUCCACGAAAAACCUCUGCUAUUGUCGUUGCAAAAACUCCACAGACCAGAGCGAGUCCAAGCCGUGCUUCGCACGCGUCCUCUACCAAGUUGGACAGUAUUCGCAUGUCAAGUUCGGAAGACGCUGCGAGCACUUACCCUGAAAAGACAAAGUUUGAAAAACGUUCCAUCAUGCCUGGCUCCAAAUCCGUCACUUCAAGACCAACAAAGCCCCGAGCAUCGGCUACUGGUCUGAUCAAGAAGCCUUCCCUUCCCUCAGUGUCUAAGGCUGCGGGCGCACCACCAGAAUCUUGGGAUGGUGCUAUCCCGCCCGCACCGGCCGCUUCAAGCCCCAUGGGCUCUACACCACUAACAAACCGAAAGUCUUCGGCAGCGCUGCGAGAACAAAUUGCCAAGGCCAAGGCAGCCAAGCGCGCGGCUGUUAGACAAUCAUCUGCAAAUCGGGAAUCAAUUGGAGCAUCUACCAUGUCAUCAAUUGCCGCAAAUGGCUUCGACAUGGAACAUGAUGACCCUUUUAAUCUGAGCAAGGGAGCCAAGCCGAGCGCUCAACUUUUGCAGCAACGAGUGGCGGCUGCACGAACUACGGGCAGGUUGAACAUUGCCGCGUUGGGACUAAAGGAAAUUCCACAAGAAGUUGUGAGAAUGUAUGAUUUAGAGAGCAUCGACAGCUACGACGGUACCUGGGCCGAGAGCGUAGACCUCACGAGGCUCGUUGCAGCGGAUAACGAUAUCGAAUGUUUGGACGAAAACAUAUUUCCAGACGCGAGCCCAGGGAUGUUUGAUGAGCAAGAAGGACAGGGGAACAUAUUUGGUGGACUAGAGACGCUAGAUAUGCACGGAAAUCUGCUUACACAUAUUCCUCUUGGUUUCCGGCGCCUUGCGAACCUGACGUCGCUCAAUCUUUCUUCAAACAAGCUUGAAAAUGAUAGCCUAGAUAUAAUAUCCCAAAUGCCUUCUCUUCGAGACCUCAAGCUGUCAAAGAAUCAGCUGUCUGGUCCACUGAACUCGGCACUGAUGAGCCUGAGUUGCUUGGAGAUGCUCGAUAUUCACGGAAACGGCAUCUCCGCUUUGCCUCCCGUUGUCGAGAACAUGCAGCGUCUCCGCAUCCUGAAUAUGAAUGAGAAUAAACUCGAAAGUCUACCUUUUGAGAGUUUGUCAAAGCUUCCCUUGACAGAACUAUCCGUGAGGAAGAACAGACUUUCAGGUGUGCUCAUUCAGGAGCCAGUCGAUUCUCUCCCCUGCUUGCAAAGUCUCGACGCCUCAGUAAAUCAGUUGACUCACCUGACGCCUGUGGAUAGCGUCAUCAGCCUCCCGGUGAUUCAUGCCAUUUCGCUAUCUGUCAACAGACUGCAAUGUCUCCCCGAUAUGUCGACGUGGACAAAUCUCUUGACAUUAUCCGUGGAUGAGAACCAUAUCGCCAACAUUCCCGACAGCUUUACCGGCUUGCAAAAGCUGCGUUACGCAGAUUUCGGCAGCAACGACGUCAGGAUAGUGCCACCAGAGAUUGCCAGAAUGCAAAGCCUCUCAAUGAUUCGGUUGACAGGCAAUCCGUUAAGAGAUCGCAAAUUGGUCUCGGCUGCGACGGACGAGUUGAAAGAGAUCUUGGCCGGUCGCCUGGAGCCACCGCCUCCGUAUCAAGAGCCUGGACACCACACCGCUGUCACGGGCUUGAUGGGCAGUCUUUCAGAAAUGGACGACAGACUCAAGGCAGCUGGCCACGUUGACCCCAUUCCCCCCAGUAACGAUGAAGACGUUCGAUCUGACGUGGAAGACAACUUCACCACACCGCCCACCUCUGCUCCGCAUACUCCAAACCGGUCACGAUCACAAACAGUCGUGAAAGACGUCUGGUUCGUCAAGUCAGGCGGCUUGUUGGACUUGUCGAGAUGCGGCAUGUCCUCUUUAAACCCCAGUACCUGCUCCACCGUCGCUUCGCAGAACCAGGUGCGCCAAGUCCAACUACAUCAUAACCCUAUUGCGUCGAUGCCUAUUGCGCUUGGCGCAUUUGGCUCAACUCUAUCGUUCCUUUCCUUGGCACAUACACAGAUAACGGGGAUCUCGUAUCUUACAGAAACGCUUGAGUUACCCGCUCUGCGAGAAUUGAGUCUCUUGUCAAACCAAAUCACAAGCUUGACUCCCCUGGCAAAGUUCCUCAAAGCGCCAACCUUGGAGAAGCUUGACGUGACGCUCAAUCGCGUGAGGUCACUUUCCGGCGCUUUGAAACAAGCGUUUCCCCGAUUGUCCGUGCUACUGGUAGCAAGCAAUCAGUUAUCAGAGCUCGAUCCCGAAUGGAUCCGGGGACUGAAGAUUGUCGACGUGUCUUGUAACAACAUUGACCAGCUCAACGCUAGGCUCGGCCUCCUUGGGGGCGUUGACGGACUAGAGCGAUUAGAAGUUUCUGGUAAUCGAUUCAGAGUGCCGAGGUGGAGCGUACUUGAAAGGGGCACCGAGGCCACACUGAGAUGGUUGCGAGGAAGACUUCCGAAUGAAGAAAUGGCAGCUUGGAGGGCGGCAAAUAGUGAGGAUAGUGGAGAGGAUGUUGACUGA